AGCUUCAGACACUUCUUCGACACCGUUCAACUUCAAACUUGAAAGUUCAAACAACCCGACGAAGCAAAAUGAACGCCAGGCUUGCUAUCCUCAUUUUGACAGCCGUCGUCGCUCAGGUUUUCUGUGCUUCGACUCACAAUCCGAACCACGAGGGCCAUUCUGAACAUUCGGUGAAAGAAAAAGUACUUGCUCUCUCGAAGAAAUGUGCUGCCGACAACAAAGUUUCUGCUGACCAAGCUAAGCUUGCUUUCACUCAAAAUUUGCCCAAAGACGAGCAUGAAAGGUGCUACCUUGAGUGUGUUUACACCGGAGUUGGAGUUGUUCACAGCGGUGCUUUUAGUCUUGAUGGAGCCAACAAACUAGUCGCAGCGAGGUUUACAAACCCCAAAGAAAAAGAAGCCGCUGGCCAACUUGUCUCUACAUGCGCCAAAGAAAUCACCCAGAAAGGUGGUGAGAAAUGUUCCCUUGGUCACACAGUCAGGGAAUGUUUUGUCAGACAUGGAAAACAGGUCGACUUUUUCCCAACUGCAUAGACAACACAAUCACGUUAUAUUUAAGUAAUCGCUGCACUUAAUUAGUUUAGUAAAUUAAAAUAUAUUAAUUUAUUGUCACAAAAA